CCUAUCCGCCUAAUUCCGCCGGGGCUCAGCCCUUGUUCUAGCUUUACGAAGCACCUGGUGCCUCGGGGCCACAAGUACUUGACGAGUGUUGCGGAACUAAUGCGUACUUAGACCAGUAUGUUCUGUCUCCAACAUGUGCCUAACCGUGCUGGAGUUGACACCUGGUCGUGUGCUGCUUGUGUGGUGCGACCUGAUCGGGUUGGCCUGUGACUCUGACAGCAGGGAUCAUAACUGGUUGGCGCUGCUUAGGUCCCUCCGGCCGAUGUGCUGGAGCAUCCAAGGCAGAUGUCGUGCACUCAAACUUGCCCGACGUGAUGGCGCAGCUGUACUUUUCAGCUAUAGCGUUAUGCAUACGGCUGGCAAUGUCGGCUGAGUGCUGUAGGAGGCCGAGCGAGUUACAUCGCGGUUGUCGGCUUGUGGUGAAAGGGCAGGUAGGGGGUGCGAGGGCGUGCCCGAAUGCUCCCUGAUGUUAAUGCAUUCUUGUAAUAAGCGCGAUGAGCUUCUUACAACGCUAUAACAUUUACAAGCUAAGUCGCGCUCUGGAGAAUCGGUUUGUGACCUGACUGGGCAGCAGCAGCAUCAAUUUGGCAAAUUGCCACCAGAACAGCGGCGAGAAAGGAUGAGCGCUUAUAAAGAAUACAUAGAGUCACAUUCGCAGCUCUUAAGGCGCUCGAAGCGCAUGGUGGAGGAGCUGCAGCAGGGCAUCGAUGCCGCUGUGCGCCCCGCCGACGCGCAACGGUAUUCCCAAUCUGUAGUCGAGCAUGCAAAUCGUGUAAAGCGCACGAAGGCGGAGCUGCUGGCAUCAAGCCAGUCUGCGCAGGCGCACCUGUGCAAGACCGCGCAAGUUCACGCGCCCGAGGCUGCGGUGAUUCUGACGUCAGCCUCUGGUCUCGGGCGCGUGCCCUUUUGCGGUCUUGCACAGACUUGGAGAACCGUUGCGCGUCGGCAGGGCGCACAGCAGCAUCCUCGUCCUGCAGCAACUCCGCCAUGCGCUUAGCGCGCCUUAUAAGCUGCGAAUGAGACUCUAUGUAUGCUUUAUCAGAGCUCAUCCUUUAUCGCCGCUGUUCUGGUGGCAAUUUGGCAAAUUGAUGCUGGUGCUGCCCGGUCAGGUCGCUCACGCGCUGUAUCAAUUCUUAAAGAAGCCUAAGGAUUGUAUAAAACAGUAAGUAUUGCAGGGGGCGAAGAGGUAACCAGGAAUGCGCGAAUUUAGCGCGGCAUGGAAACGUCGGCGAUCGAGCUGUGUGGUUCAUGCUCAAAAUUGCAUCUGACAUUAACUUGGUAGGGGUGCUGGGAGGAUGUGUGAUGGGGCAGGGUUGGGGCAGGUUGGCGAGGUCCCGUAGGGUGCAGCUGAUGCCCAUACCCCAAGCAGACGGCAGACAGUUGUUGUUGGAUGCACGGUUGGAUGUGGUUGUAAGGCGGCCCGGAAGGAACGUCAAUGGGGGGGGCUGUGCGCGUUCAGGGGUACACGGGGGACGUUCGGGACAGUCGUUGCGGAUUCGUGGGAGAGGACAGUUCGUGCGGGAUAUGUGCGGCAGGCACGGUAAUUGAUGGGGGCGCCUGAAAAGACGCACGGCAUCCAGUGUACGUGUUGGCCACACCUCGCCCGCACCAACCCGUCACGUGGCCCCUGAGGCCGGAGCGCACAUGGCAUUCCGCCGCAUACCCAUGCCGCCCGCGCCUGCAGUCUGCUACUGCACUGCCCCAUAGCCCUACGCAAGAGCUGACCCUCGGCGCGUGCACAGGCCCGGGAGGCAAGCACUGCAGCCAGGGUACGUGCAGCACCGCAGCUCCCGAACCCUCUCCUGGCGGUCACUUGCACCCAAGGCUGGCUCCAAGGCCUCCGUCGCACAGCAUGGAAGCUCAUGCGCUUUCACCUUUGGGAGAGGUGCGAGCACGCUGGACGCAGUUCGACGCCCACGAGAGGCGCAGGGGCGCGUUGGGGCCCGCACGCGCAUAGGUGGGUAUGCGCCUGUGGCUCCCAAGCUGGGCCUCCAAAUGCUGCCGUAAUCUCUGCUGAGUUCCCGAU